AUGAAUCUGUAUUCACUUCCAACCUGUGUGCUGUUUCUCUUCCUUGUCAUCAAAUUCACAGCUGCUAUUACUAUUAGUAGUAAUCCAACUCACUUAACACGUGAUGUUUCGAUUAAUUGCGGUUCCGUAGGAAAUUCUGCAUCAAAUAAUGGCAGGGAAUGGAUUGGAGAUGUACAACCGAAAUCGUCUUCCUUGCUACAACUUAAGGGCUCGUCAACCACCACCUCCACCGUUAUCCCUAAUUUGAUCUCUGUUGAUCCAGUUCCACACAAAGACGGCAAGAAUCUCUCAAUCUCAAUUCUCGUAUGCAUUCCAAGUAACUUUAACGCCUCCCUCACUGCUGAUGCGCUCGGCGUUGAUUCUAUCAUCAAGGAAUUUUGUUUAAAUGUACAAGAGAAUCAACAUUUAGACAUAAUUUUCUCUCCCGAAAGUAUUCGUUCGUUACAUACAUAUGCUUUCAUAAAUGGCAUUGAGAUUUUCUCGGUGCCCGAGAAUCUUUCUUACUUUGACGGCGGAGAUGUUGGGGAGCAACUGGUUGGUGAAAAGUCUGUGUUUUACUUUGAUCACAACACUGCACUUGAAAUAUUCCACCGAAUGGAGAUUAAGCAAACCUCUGUUCACUCUGCGGGAGAUUUAGAUGAUGACAUGUUUCCGAAGUGGGCAACCCGAACUACAAAGAAGAGAUAUAACAGCACAUGGAAGAUGCCGGUGGAUGUGGGAUUCAAGUACAUGAUCAGGGUUCAUUUAUCAGAGUCGGGGCUCAAGAUCGCAGGAAGUGGCGAUCAAAUCAUUUUUGAAGUCCUUAUUAAUGAAAUGAUUGUGCACACUAAUAUUGACCACCUAGUUAAAGGAAGGAACGAAAAUAGCAUCAUAAUCUGGUAUAGUGACUACAUGGUGGUGGUGAGAGGGAACAAACGGGAAGGAAAACGCGAUAUCUUGAUUUCCUUCAAGUCAUAUGAUGAUCUUAUAGAUGCUCACACGUUUCUUUCACGAUUAGAAAUAUUUAAGUUGAGCAACUCUGAUAAUAGUCUUGCCAGUCCAAAUCCCGUGCCUCCAGCUCGAGAUUCACCAUCCCAGACGACUGUCCAAACUAUAUUCUAUUUUCUUUGUCAGAGAAACGUAAUUUCAAUUGUUGUAGUAGCUAUAAUUUCUUUGGUAUGUAUCGUUGUUCAUAAGUUGCAAGAAAUUCAGGAAGCUAAUAUUACUGAGGAGGGAAACGAACCAAAGCCAAAGCCAGAGCCAUCUACUAGGCUGAAAGUAUUUGUCGUCGUUUUUCACUAG